AUGUCAGCCAUUACGGACUACGUGGAUUUCUCGCAGAAGAGCCUGCAGUUCUCUGCACUGUCCAUUGCGUUCAAUCCCAUCUUUUGGAACGUCGUUGCUCGUUUAGGCAUCUUCCGUGACCACCUCUACAAUGAAGCGUUGAAAGACCAGCCCUACUAUGAGCCGAUCCAUCAACCCUGGAUUGCGUACAUCCUCUUUGCCAUUGGGAAUGUCUUCGUCCUCUCCAGUAUGUGGGCUCUUGGUAUCACUGGAACGUACCUGGGCGACUACUUCGGGAUUCUGAUGGAUGCCCCGGUAACCGGGUUCCCGUUCAACGUUUCGGAUGCCCCCAUGUACUGGGGCAGCACCAUGAGCUUCCUGGCUGUGGCUUUGUACAGAGGCAAGGUCGCAGGGUUGCUGUUAACUCUCGAGGUCUUUAUUAUGUACUGGUUGGCCUUGCAAUGGGAAGACCCCUUCACUGCCGAGAUCUAUGCGAAGCGUGAGCGUGAAAAGGCGAAAGAGAAGGGCGGCAAAAGCUCGUAA